AUGGACAAGGUGCUAGCAUUUACCAUCUUGUUAACAAGUACAGCAGUCAAAACAGAACCACCAGUCAAUUCAUAUUUACCACCACAAAAUGGCAACGGUAAUCCAAGCUCAGUUUACGGACCACCUGGAUACCAGCCUGGGAUUCCAAUAGGCCCUGGCAAUGGUAACGGAAAUGGAAACAGAAACGGCGAUAGAAAUGGUGGAAAUGGUAAUGGUAACGGAUACCCUUCUCCAGGAAUAGUAUAUGGACCACCAUCAAAUGGAAAUGGCAACGGUAAUGGGUACAACAACUAUGAUUUAGAUAGCGAUCAACUACCAGGAACUAGCUAUCUUCCACCAAACGGAAAUGGAAAUGGCAACGGAUAUAGUAAUGGUAAUGGUAACGGAAACGGCCAUGGAAAUGGAAACGGUCAUGGAAAUGGUAAUGGAUAUAGCAACGGAAAUGGUAAUGGAUAUAGCAAUGGUAAUGGUAAUGGUAACGGCAAUGGAAAACCAAACGGUCUUUAUGGUGCACCAAGAAGCGGGAAUGGUAAUGGUAACGGAUAUAGCAAUGGUAAUGGAUACAGCAAUGGUAAUAGCAACGGCAAUGGUAAUGGUAAUGGCAAUGGAAAACCUAACGGCCUUUAUGGACCACCUAGAAACGGAAAUGGUAAUGGUAACGGAUAUAGUAACGGUAAUGGUUAUAGCAAUGGUAAUGGUAACGGCAAUGGCAAACCAAACGGCAUUUAUGGACCACCUAGAAACGGAAAUGGUAAUGGUAACGGAUAUAGUAACGGUAAUGGAUAUAGCAAUGGUAAUGGUAACGGCAAUGGCAAACCAAACGGCAUUUAUGGACCACCUAGGAACGGAAAUGGAAGAAACGGCAAUGGUAAUGGUAAUGGAUAUAGCAACGGUAAUGGUAAUGGAAAUAACAAUGGCAAUGGCAAUGGUAAACCGAACGGCCUUUAUGGUGCACCCAAAAACGGAAAUGGUAAUGGUAACGGAUAUAGUAACGGUAAUGGUUAUAGCAAUGGUAAUGGUAACGGCAAUGGCAAGCCAAUCGGCCUUUAUGGACCACCGAGAAACGGAAAUGGAAGAAACGGCAAUGGUAACGGUAACGGAAAUGGAGCGCCCAAUGGUCUUUAUGGACCACCAAAAAAUGGUAAUGGUAAUGGAAACGGCAAUGGUAACGGUAAUGGAAACGGCAAUGGUAACGGUAAUGGAAACGGCAAUGGUAACGGUAAGCCUAGUGCUACAUAUGGGCCUCCCUCUACUACCUAUGGUGUUCCUGUAAACGGAAACGGUAAUGGCAACGGUUACAAGAAUGGUAAUGGAAAUGGUAACGGCAAUGGCAAUGGAAACGGCAAUGGAAACGGCAAUGGUAACGGAUAUGUAAACGGCGGUUAUCCAAGCAACGGUAAUGGUAACGGAAACGGUAAUGGAAAUGGCAACGGUAAUGGUAAUGGUAACGGAAGCGGUAAUGGAAAUGGUAAUGGUGGAUACGCGAGUAAUGGUAAUGGGGGUUAUCCUAGAAAUGGCAAUGGUAAUGGAGGGAGUAACGGAAAUGGAGGAUACAACAACACCUAUGGACCACCCAGCAACACCUAUGGACCACCCAGCAAUACCUAUGGACCACCAGGAUACGGUGGACGAGAUGAAGAAGAAUCGGAGCCCGCUAACUAUCAAUUCUCUUAUCACGUAGAAGAUGCCGCUUCAGGAAACGACUUCGGUCACGAAGAAGAAAGACAAGGAGACGUAGCUAAAGGAAAAUACUUCGUUCUUCUUCCCGAUGGUCGUCGUCAAACGGUUGAAUAUACCGCCGAUUUGGAUGGUUACAAACCCAAAGUAACUUAUGAACAAGUUGGAGGUUAUCCUUCUGGAGGUCCAAAUGGAUAUCCAGCUUCCAACGGUGGUUACCAAUAUUAAAAUUUAACUACUUAGGUGAAAUAUUUUCGAAUUACUUCCGAUCUUGGUAUACGUAGUUUAUAGUUGAAUUAAAACAGUAUCGAAUUGAAAUUUUUUUAAGAAUUUUGAAAUAUCACAAAUAUUUUCAUGAAUUUUGAACAAUUUCAGCAUUCAUUCUUCAUUUUCAUUAUUUGAAUCGAAUUAUUAGCGUGUACAUACUUCUAUUCAUGCAAUAUCUCGCACCUUCCUAGGGUGCAGUUGAAUAUUAUAUUGUUUAAACAGCAAAAAAAACAAAAAUUAUCUACACACCCAAUAAAUACGAAAAGGUACAUGUUUGGAGAAUUUCAUCAUCUUUAUAAACAAUUAAAGGAACACCCUACAAAAUUUAUGGAUGAAAAUAGAAACCUUUGAAAAUUCUAUUCGAAGAAGAAACCUAUUGUGGCGAUUUUUAUAUUUUUGGUCCCCCGAAGGGGCUCCAACAAAUAUUUCACCGACUAAACUAUCGAUAUCAGUGCCAACCAACCACAUAGUUGUUUUAUUAAAUUAUUUAACUGAUAUAUAUAUAUUGAUGAUAAAAUUACUUCUCUCUUCCUUUUUAUGUAUAUAUGUCAAAAUUAUGUAAGAAAUAUCAAAAAUCAUUAAAAUUUGAAUGCAAAUUGUUUUCUAUAUGUAUGAGAAACUAUAUUUUAAAAAUUGCAAUUCCGUAGUUGUUUCAAUUUCAAUUUAUAUGAACUAGAAGUUACCAAUUGUAUUUAUACGUAAUGUAAUUAUCUUUUUUAUUUCUUAUUACUUAUAAUGUAAAAACAGGUCAGUGUAGAAUAUAAAAAGGCUUCCAAUAAAUGACUUCGAGUUUGUGUAGGAUCAUCAUUGAUUACUACACAAAUAUUUGUACUUCAAAUAUAUAUUCAUUUUUGCCAUAUUUAAUAAGUAGUUUAUAGAAGAUGAAAUAUAUUUUUAUAAUAAAACAAUAAAAACGUAUUGCAAGA